AUGACAGCUUCAGGAUGGCCAGCAUCUGCAAAUAACCUAAGUGAAGAACUGAAAGCAUACUUUUCUCGCAGAAAUGAGAUCUCAAUUUAUCAGGGAUGCUUACUAUGGGGAAUUCGUGUUAUCAUUCCCCAGGACCUUCGUUUGCGUGUCCUAGAGGAACUUCAUGAAGGACACCCGGGGAUUGUCAAGAUGAAAACUGUGGCUCGAAGUUUGGUAUGGUGGCCAGGUAUCGACAAAGACUUAGAAACACUGGUGAAACGCUGCAAGGGUUGCCAGGAGAACCGACCCAUGCCACCAGAAGCACCUGUUCAUCCGUGGGAAUGGCCCCAACGUGCAUGGCAAAGGAUACACGUAGACUUCGCUGGCCCGUUCCAAGGAAACAUGUUUUUCGUCGUGGUCGAUGCAUUCUCAAAAUGGCCCGAAGUUGUCCAGAUGUCGACAACAACUGCAGGCCGCACAGUGGAUGUACUGCGUAGGAUAUUUUCAAGGAACGGUCUACCAGAUCAACUAGUCUCGGACAACGGACCGCAGUUUGUCUCAGAAACCUUCCAAGACUUCAUGAAGUACAACGGAAUUCGUCAUACUACGUCAGCUCCGUAUCAUCCGAGAACAAAUGGGCUAGCAGAGAGACUAGUCCUGACGCUGAAACAGUCAAUGCGUGCUUCGAAAGUGGAAGAAACUUCCAUCACUAAGCGUCUUGCCAACUUCCUACUCACAUACAGAAGUUCGCCGCAUUCAACAACAGGGAAAACACCGGCUAAGCUUUUCUUAGGACGUGAACUAUGUACAAGACUCACACGACUGAAGCCGAAUGUUCGCAACACAGUGGAAGCUAAACAAGAGAGCAUGCAUUACCGCACAUCCGAACCCGUUCGACAGUUCAAUACCGGUGACAAGGUUGCUGUGCGUGACUAUCGCAGCAAUAAUGAGAAAUGGGUGUCAGGGAAAAUAGACUCAAAAACAGGACCUCUUUCGUACAAAGUGGAAAUUACACCAGGGACAACAUGGCGGCGUCAUACAGACCAGAUAAGAUCUGCAGAUUUCACCAACUCUGCAGAUACAUUGAUACAUGAUGAUACAUUGGCGGCCGAAACAUCAGACCCUACCAAGAAACAAUCACCAGAACUGACCCCUAUACCGACAUAUGCACCCGCAGCAACUUCCGUGUCCGAAAAACGCUAUCCAACCCGCACCACUCGAAAUGUUCUGCCAAAACGUUACCAGUAG